UUCGAUUCUGAUAUUUAAAGAACUGGAGACAAUUUAUAUGGAUUCAAAGAUUUUUAGGUACCGGAAUCAACGCAUUCUAGAACUAUUUUCUUCCGAAGUACUAUAUUGGCAUCAGUGUAUAAAUAAGUGUUUUUUUCCCCUAAAAAAUGCCAUGGACAAAAAAAAAAAGACAAUAGAAUGAGGAAUAUCAAAUCUUUCUAUAAAUUGAUAAAUUCAAGGAUUUUCAUUGUUGAUACUCUAACUGAAUCUGUAACUUAAUAGUCAUUGUAUUCUGAUUUAUUUAGAGAUCUCUGGUAGAUAAUACAGAAAUAGAAAACAAGAAACCCUAUGUGAAACAAAAACCUUUGGAUUGUUAAUGUAGGCACAUAUGCCUACCCAUGCUCUUUGUAAUCUUCCAAGCUCUUGUAUUCAGGUCAAAGUAGACAUAAGUGUCACUGAGAAACAAUCAUGGGAAUAUCUAAGGUGAUUGGAUCAGCUGCAACAGUUUUAUUCGUAGCCUCUGUUUACCUCAAGAAGUCUGGCAUGACAUUCAUUGCGAUACCUCUUCUAGUUGGUUCUUUGCUUGCAUAUUUGGUCACAAUUGCUUCUCAUCCAGCUGUAAAUUUUCCCUCGAUCCUGGGAAAGGGCUCGGAUGGGAGCUUUCCACUUUGGUCAAAACUUCUGUUUGGCCCAUUUCUUAUGUUUGUGCGGGCAUAUGUCCUCUUUAGAAAAUUGAAGAGUGCGGAACCAGUGUACAAUGAGAUUUCUGAUGGUUUAUAUGUUGGUGGGUGGCCAUCUUCCCCAAAUCAUUUGCCUCCUGGUGAACCUGCAGUAAUUGAUUGCACCUGUGAACUGCCUAGGAGCUCUUUUGUUUCAAAGGAUGCAUAUCUUAACAUUGCCACUUGGGAUACAAGGUCCCCUCAACCUUUGCAAAUUGAAUAUGCGGUUCAUUGGGCAUGCAAAAAGAGAGCUCACAAGAAGCCUAUAUACAUCCACUGUGCAUUUGGUCAUGGCAGAAGUGUUUGCAUAAUGUGUGCACUUCUAGUGGCACUAGGUGUGGCUGAUGACUGGAAAGAUGCGGAGAAGAUGGUCAAAGAAAAGAGGCCUCGGAUUAGAAUGAAUGCUCAUCAUCGGAAAAACUUGGAGGAAUGGACUAAAUACCGGCAUUUGUCAAAAGGAGAAUAAGCGGCUGCAAUUUAUUCGAUCAUUUGUCAAAAGGAGGAUAAGUAGCUGCCAUUUAAUCAAUCAUUUGACAAAAGGAGGAUAAGUAGCUGCAAUUUAAUUGAUUCUCUGAUACUUUUCAGAGAACUGGUACAAGUCGAAUGACGUUAUUGUCUUAUUAGCAUUACAGAUUUAUGUUUAAAUCUACAAGCAGCAUGGAGUCAGGAUUUUUUUUUUUUUUCAAAUGUAAUUCUUCAGCUCCUUUUCUUUGUUGAUAUCGGAUAAUCUUGUCAGCCUGGCUUCAUGUACAUUUUUCUGUAUGUUUUAACCUAUUUUGAAUCUUCAGCAAUGAUAUUAAUCAAAAAGUACAGUUUGUGGAUAA